UUCGAGGGCCGGAAGGGGUUAAAUCUCAGGCUACAGCGUCUUGGGAACAGGUGAGGAGGUUAUAUUUACUCAGUAUGUUUCCACUGACUGAGGAAAACAAGCAUGUGGCCCAGUUGUUGUUCAAUACUGGUACCUGUCCAAGAUGUAUCUUCAGAUUCUGUGGUGUGGAUUUCCAUGCACCUUACAAACUUUCAUACAAGGAGUUGCUCAAUGAACUACAGAAAUUUCUGGAAAUGGAAAAAGAUGAAUUAAUUUUGGAAGUUUCAAACCCACCUCCCAAGAAAAUUCGACUACAAGAACUGGAAGAUAGUACUGAUAAUCUGAGUCAAAACGGGGGGAGGAUCUCUGGUAUUGACGAUGGAAGCAUUGUUUGCAAGAACCCAAAUUUAAGUGUAUGCAAUGUAUGCCUAGGAAUUCUUCAAGAAUUUUGUGAGAAGGAUUUCAUUAACAAGGUGUGCCAAAAGGUUGAGGCAUCUGGGUUUGAAUUCACCAACUUGGUAUUUUCAGUCUCCUUCCCACCACAACUAUCUGUAAGAGAGCAUGCUGCAUGGUUGCUGGUAAAACAGGAAAUGGGAAAGCAGAAUCUGUCGCUGGGAAGAAAUGACAUAGUUCAGCUAAAAGAAGCCUACAAAUGGAUAGCUCACCCGCUGUUUUCAGAGGAAUUGGGUGUUCCCAUUGAUGGAAAGAGCUUGUUUGAAGUGAGUGUGGUCUUUGCUCACCCAGAAACAGUUGAGGAUUGCCACUUCCUAGCUGCAAUAUGCCCAGAUUGUUUCAAGCCAGCCAAAAACAAACAAUCAGUAUUCACCAGAAUGGCAGUUAUGAAAGCUUUGAAUAAGAUAAAAGAAGAGGAUUUCCGCAAGCAGUUUCCUUGUCCUCCAAACUCACCAAAGGCUGUAUGCACUGUUCUUGAAAUUGAAUGUGCUCAUGGUGCUGUUUUUGUGGCUGGGAGAUAUAAUAAAUACUCCAGGAAUCUACCGCAAACUCCUUGGAUAAUUGAUGGAGAAAGGAAGCUGGAAUCUUCAGUGGAAGAAUUAAUUUCAGAUCAUCUGUUGCGAGUAUUCAAAGCAGAGAGUUUUAAUUUUUCAUCCUCUGGAAGAGAAGAUGUAGAUGUGAGAACAUUAGGAAAUGGAAGGCCCUUUGCAAUUGAGCUGGUGAAUCCUCAUAGAGUACAUUUCACUUCACAAGAAAUUAAGGAACUUCAGCAGAAAAUUAAUAGCUCAUCUAACAAAAUCCAAGUACGUGACUUGCAGCUUGUCACAAGGGAGGCAAUAGGACAUAUGAAAGAAGGAGAAGAAGAAAAGACCAAAACCUAUAGUGCCUUAAUAUGGACAAAUGAAGCAAUACAGAAGAAAGACAUUGAAUUCCUAAAUGACAUAAAGGACUUAAAGAUCGACCAGAAAACACCCCUGCGGGUCCUUCACCGGAGGCCCUUGGCUGUGAGAACGCGUACCAUUCACUCCAUGGAGAUACACUAUGUGGAUGAGCAUCAUUUUCGCCUCCACCUGAAAACUCAGGCUGGAACCUACAUUAAAGAGUUUGUACAUGGAGACUUUGGGAGAACCAAGCCAAACAUUGGCUCUCUGAUGAAUGUGACUGCAGACAUUCUGGAGCUGGACGUUGAGUCUGUAGAUGUUGACUGGCCACCUGCACUGGAUGACUAGCUUUCAAACUUGGAGACCAAGAGUAGGGUUUUCCUGGCAUGAUGGAGACGUCCGUGGAGCAUACGCUGUAGAAAUGGCUGUUUACCCACCAUAACGGUGUCUUGGAAACCAUUUGGAUCAUGUUGAUCUAUAUAUUUUUUAAUUUGUUGUAACAUCUCAGGAUCUAUAUAUGUGUAUAUUUUGUGUUAAAUUGUUCCAAGGGUGUCUUGUUAUUUUUCUCAUUCCCUCUCUCACCCCUACAGACCAAACUAUAAAUAAGGAAACCAUUCUCUUUAAUUCUUUCAUUUAGAGAGGUACAUGGGCAGGACACAUUCUCUAUUAAUCUGAGAAGCUAUAAUUUCUUUUAGCAAGAUUUCCCUCCACAAGAGACGAACACCUUUAAAAUCAUGUUCUUGGCUGGGCGUGGUGGCUUAUGCCUGUAAUCCCAGCACUUUGGG